AUUAAGGCCCUGUGUCCACCAAAUUUAUUUUCCCCGCGGGAGCGCCGCGUUUUUUAAAACGCCAGGAGCGUGCCGAGCGCUGAGCGUCCUUUUCGCGCUGAGCGUUCGGGCGUUUUCUUCUCGCGCCUAGAGUUGAAGAAUGUUCAACUUUGGAUAAAACGCUGCGCUCAUCACGGUCACUUUCUAGUCAGCUAACCAAAACGCCAGGCGCUCUGCUGAAAACGCCACCUGUGAGCUUUUUGUGGCGCAUCGGUUUUUUUUUUUUUUUUUCAGAUGAGACGCUUUGGUUUAUAAUAUGAUACGGAAUAUCCGCUAAUCUGUUACUUGUAUCUGAUUUGGUAGAUAAUUUGUUCCUGACUAAAAUACUCAGGAUGCUCGGAAACCACCAGCAAUAUUAAUUUCUCCUCCAUUUUUUUCGUUGUUGCGCUUGUUGACACAUACGUCGUUGUAACAAAAUGACAGUUGUGACAGCUGAUCGGUGUGCAAUUUGCCCCGCCCCUCCUGCACUCUGAUUGGUUAGCUGACCAGAAAGUGACAGUGAUGAGCGCAGCGUUUUAUCCAAAGUUGAACAUUCUUCAACUCUCGGCGCGAGAAAAAAAAAACGCAGUAACCCCUCACUGCAGAACACAAGAUCCAGGGGGCGUGGUUGGAUCCCCAUCUAGGGGUUGGAGAUGGGUAGGUUUAGGUAUAUAUAUAUAUAUAUAUAUAAGGUGGGAGAAGUUGGAUCUGGAUCUGGAAAAAGACGCCCAGCGCUCGGCACGCUCCUGGCGUUUUAAAAAACGCGGCGCUCCCAUUGAGAACAACUGAAAAAAUACGCUAGCCGCGGGGAAAAACACUUUGGUGGACACAGGGCCUUAUUAAGAGUCAGAGUCAGUUGGUGUACUGUAAUGUUAGAAGUAUGAAGCGUAACUUCUGUGGAUCUACGCCUACCUCCGAAUGCACAAACGUGUCGAAUAAACGUCAAAAGAAUCAGAAUACAAGAAUGGGUCAGUCAGAGAGCGGAUAUGUUGCUUCGAAAGACUUUGAAACCAGAUCAGACGCAUGUUCAGGUCAGCGGUCGGCUGUUCCUCUGGCUGUGGUUGAGGAGAUCUUACUGAACCUGCCUGCACAUCAGGUGGUCCAAGUCUGUCGGUUGGUGUGUCAUGAGUGGAAGGAGCUGGUGGACAGUGCUGCACACUGGAGAGAGCGCUGUCGGACAGAGGGGCUCCAGCCGUAUGAUGCUUCCAGACCCCCAGAGGACUGGCGCCUGUUUUACUUUCUAUCCAAGUUUAGACGUAACCUGCUCAAGAAUCCCAGAGCUGAAGAUGGACUUCAAGCAUGGGAGAUUGUACAGAACGGUGCUGACCGCUGGGUGACGGAAAGGAACAGAAAUGAAGGUGACCGCUGGGCAACAGAAAGGAACAGAAAACUGUUUCCAGAAAACACAGUCACCAGAUGUUUUGUAACAUAUCAUAGUCAAUGUUUUAAGGAGCAGCUGAUUGAUUUGAAGAAAGAAGGCUACAGUGAUGCUUUCAUGGAUCAACUGCGACCUCGUAUCAAAAUAUCAGACUGGUAUACCCCACUCUCUGAUUAUGGAAGUCAGUAUUGGUUGUCUGUAGAGUUGCUUGAUCAGGAGAAGAAUCCCAUCAGAACCUAUCAUCCUUAUAAAGUUUUCUUUCAACAGGGGAGCGAUUAUCCAUGGUGUCAAAUUACCUACGUUUUUAGGGAUUAUGGACCUGGGGUUCGGUUUAUCCGUUUCACUCAUGGAGGCAUGGGAUGGUCUGGAAUACGGGUUACUAACAGUAGUGUGGAAAUCUGUCCAGCUGCAGAGAGGCUGAGAUGCACAAAACCUAACUUGCUCAAGAAUCCCAGCGCACAAGAUGGACUUCGAGGAUGGAAGAUUGUACGUAGUGGAGGUGACUGCUGGGUGAUAGGAGAAAAUUGGAAACCAAUUCCAGACUCAGUCACCAGCUGUUUUGUAACAUCUUAUGGUCUAUGUUUGAAGCGACAGCUGAUUGACUUAAACAAAGAAGGCUACAGUGAGACUUUCAUGGACCAAGUGCAACCUCAUAUCAAAAUAUCAGACUGGUAUGGCCCACGCUGGGACUGUGGAAGUGAGUAUCAGAUCUGUGUAGAGUUGCUUGAUCAGAGGAAAAACCCCAUCAAAACCUUUCAGCCUGAGAAAGUUAUACUUUCAUUUAAGAGCAGUGAGCAGUGGUGUGAAAUGAGCCACGUCUUUAAGAAUUAUGGACCUGGGGUUCGUUUUAUCCGUUUCACUCAUGGUGGAAACGAUACACAGUUCUGGGCGGGUCAUUAUGGAAUACGGGUCACUAACAGUAGUGUGGUGAUCUAUCCAGCUGAUGAGAGUUUCAGUCUCACAUAUCGUAACUUGCUCAAGAAUCCCAGCGCACAAGAGGGACUUCAAGGAUGGGAGAUUGUAGCAGAUGGAGGUGACCGCUGGGUGACUGGAGGAAAUAGGACAACAUUUCCGGUCAACACAUGUUUUGUGACGUCAUAUGGUCUAUGUUUGAAGGAGCAGCUGAUAGAUCUUAAAGAAGAAGGCUACAGUGAUGCUUUAAUGGAUCAACAGCAACCUCAUAUCAAAGUAUCAGACUGGUAUGCCCCUCUCUCUGAUUGUGGAAGUGAGUAUCAGAUCUGUGUGGAGUUGCUUGAUGAGAAGAAGAAACCCAUCAGUACCUUUCAGCCUGAGAAAGUUUUCUUUCAACAGGGGACGAUUUAUCCAUGGCGUCAAAUGUUCCACGUCUUUAGGAAUUAUGGACCUGGAGUUCGGUUUAUCCGUUUCACUCACGGUGGGAAGGAUACAAAAUUUCAGGAAGGCCAACAUGGAAUACAGGUCACUAAUAGUAGUGUGGAGAUCUAUUUAACUGAUUAGACAGAGUGUUUUCCAGAUUUAAAUUCAUCAGCUGCAAAAGUGACCUUCAAAUGAUGAACUGUAGUGAUUCAAUAUGCUUUUAGGAUAUCAUAUAUACUGUUACAUAGCUCUAUAGCAAAUAUAUUCUUUUCCAUUAAACAUUGUAUGUUACACUGUUAAAAUGAAGUACCUUAGUUGAAAUGCUCAUCAUGUAAUCAAGCACAGCAAUCUUCUCAAAGUUACUGUGUGUGCUCAUACAAAUUAAUUUCUAAACAUUAUACACUUGGUGACUCGAUUUGAGAAACCUAUAUUUAUGAAUGAAAUGUUUUGUCAUAAUAUUAUUCUGAAAAAUCAUUAACAUUCAUCUUAAUUCAUACCAUAUGUUAUAUCUUCAAAUGAGAGAGACACAAAAAGCGGGUAACCUCUCAAAAUGGGUAAUAAGACUUUUUUUGGAACAUAAUAAAUACAGUAUACAUUUGUAAUAUGGCA